AUGGAGCAACUACUUUACAAUAACACAUUCAGUUUCAACCUUCAAAUUUCCAGAUUUGAUACAUCUCCUCAAGCUGUUUAUCCUGUUUUUAUUAUUGGAGCUUUAAUCUAUUUAUUUGCAGUGUUCUGUAAUGUAACUAUUCUAACAUUGAUUGUCACACAGCAAACUCUUCAUAAGCCCAUGUUUUACAUUUCUUUUAGUCUUCCUUUGGCAGAUUUAAUGGGAAUAACAUGUGCUUUGCCCAGAGUGCUUCUGGAUAUUUUAACCCAAACAAAUAUGGUCUACUACCCAACAUGUGUUCUGCAGGGUUUUCUGCUUCAUUUGUAUGCCACUAGUGUACUUUUUAUUCUGGCAGCAAUGUCAUUCGAUCGCUACAUAGCGAUAUGCAAACCACUGAGAUAUAAUUCUAUAAUGAGUCCCUGCACAGUUAGUGGUGUGAUAGCACUGGCUUGGGGUCUUGACUUUGCUUUGAUUGUUGUGUUGUUUGCUCUUCAGGCAAGACUUCCAAAAUGUAAAACAAUCAUUUUUAAUGUGUAUUGUAGCAAUAAUACACUGUUACAACUUUCAUGUGAUGGUGACCUUACUGUGAAUAAUGUUUAUGGAUUAGCUAUAACAGGAGUUGUGCAGGGCAUAUGUGUGACUAUUCAGUUACUCUCUUAUGUACAAAUUCUUAAAGUCUGUCUUUUGCGCACACAAAUUGAUGCUAGACGUAAGGCUGUAAAUACAUGCUUAGCACAGAUAAUUAUUUUUGUUCUGUAUGAAAUAAUUACAACCUUCACAGUACUUUCAUAUCGUUUACAGAAUAUACCACCUGAUGCACAAAAAAUAUGUGGUAUGCUAAUUUUUACAAUUCUUCCAGUUUUGAAUCCAAUUAUAUAUGGAAUAAAAACCAGAGACAUUCGAAAUUCAUUCAUCAUUGUCUUUAAAAAACAGAUGACAUUUAAAUAA